GUUGAACCCGGACCUGGGAGAAUUUAUCCAGUUAAUAUACGCCAAAAAAUUUAUAGCCGAGAAGUCUCAAAAUGCCGAGAUUGCAGAAUCGCUUCAAUUGUGGUUGGACACUGAAGUUCAUGAGGAUGAUGCCAUGGAGCAAGCGCGACAAUUUCUGCUCAACAUAGCCAACGCUAUGGCACAGAAAAAGCAUCCACCCAAUCCAUUAAUUCCACCGAGGGUCAGUACUUUCAUCCGUCAGAAGGAUCAAAUACGUCAGCAUCGAAGCGUUUCUCUGGCAUUGGUCAAGCUUCAGGUUCGAUGUUCAUCUGGAAUUCCCUACGAGAUGCACGUCAAAGCGGAAGCAAGACUCGCGGCUGCUCUCGUCCACUGGCUGAGAGAAAGCUUUGGAGUUGAAGAAAGUAUUUUUGUCGCUUGUCCUCACCGUAUCCAGAGAAGUGCAGUUCGACAAGCUAUCCUAUCUUCCGAUGAGGCAUGCAGGCUUGAUGAACCGCAAGAGGCUGGAUUAGACAAUGACGUGGAAGGCCUCACCUCGGCGGUAGAUGCAUUGCAUGUGUCAGAGCGUGGGUUAAAAAUCGAUACUGUGGAAAGAUUACAAGAUUUUGAGGCAAAAGUCAUUCUGCGCGCUUAUACCAGUUUGCCACCCACCGUGUCAAGAGAUACCACCUUUUAUCUGCCAACUAUCAUGUCCAUACCUAGAGACGUUCAAGAAUUCUUAGAUCAGUACCCUAAAAAUACGGAUACCCCAUCGUAUCGGAAGAAUUUGGAAUUUUAUUCCAACCAAAGGCGCUGUCAACCAGAUGAUCUGUUGAUUGAGGAGUUACUGGAACAAUGGAAAGGCGACUUCAUGACUCUUGAAUAUGAACACGGGUUUAUACAAUGGCUGUACGUUUUUUGGAUCAUAGGUUGCCAGUGGUCCAAAAUCCUGACCUCGUUGCUCAGCUUCCCCAUACGAGAACAUGGAAUGAAUUACGCGUCUCAGCCCUUGCAAGUGCACGAGAUAGAUGCUAUGAAGGCAUCUCCUGAGAUAAUGAAUCGUGUUCUUCGUUCAUAUAAACUGAUGCUCUCAUUUUAUGGCAUGACCUUGCUGGACGAAGAGACGGGCUUGUUAGAUCGCUCACCUGAAGAGGUCAAAGCGAUGAACGAUAUUUCCCAAGGCAAGCGUGCAACAUCGCAAUACCAACACCUUGUUCGUAAGAUUCUAAAACACCUAUCUGAAAUGGGUCUUGAGCGACUGAAUGCCGGCUUCCUUCUCCACGUUCUUUCUGAACAAUCCACUAACAACAAACUGAACGCACCGUACUUACGUUCGAGUAUGGACAGGUGGUGGGCCAAUUGCAUUCGCGAUGAAUCGGAGCGAUCGUUCAUUGGCCACUUAAUCAGUCAGGUCCGCUCUAAUAACAUCCAGUUUACCAGGAAGAUGUAUGAAAAGGCGCUUGAGAGAAGGGCUAGGACGGGACAACUAGCUUUAAGUGAUCCGGAAAGCUCAGAAAGCGAGGCGACUGAAGAAGAGCAACAGGUAUCGGCAUCAAACUGA